UUCCUGUUAUACAUUAAAAACGAAUUGAACAACUUACUGUACAUGUCUUAAUCUGGUACGAAUGUAUUUAAAAAAACACGUCUCUGAGUUAAACUGCACAGCCCUUGAAGAGUGAGAUCACGCUUCCUUCCUUUAGUGAAAACUGAAGUGUAAUAACAGAGUAGCAACAGCAGCAGCAGGCAGCAAAACGCUGGAGAGACGAGUGAAGUGGCUGGAAGCACCGCUGUAUUGGGUUCUGGGAACUGGAGGAAUCUGCUCAGCAAUCUUUGGUUUGAAACGGCUUUUUCCGGCGAAUCCGAUCACAUUCCUGAAUCGUGUCCACUAAACACAAAACUGAGAAAAUGAAGAAUGUAAUCCUGUGAGCGUGUAUAAAAGAGAGGAGGAAAGAAAGAGUUAAAUACGCAUAGAUACAGUACAGAGUCUAUUUGCAUGUUUUCCCUUUGCAAUGUCUGGAUCUUUGUGUAAAAGUUUAUAUGCCUUCACCGGAGAUCAACAUCAACAGGGAUUGAGGUUCGAGGCAGGGGAGAUUAUUAAAGUUUUACAAGCUCUGGACGGCGGCUGGUGGGAAGGGGAAAAGGAUGGAGUGAGAGGAUGGUUCCCAGCAAGUUACGUCCAGAUUUUAGAGAAGCCGGUGUCUGUAAAUCCCAUGUCUGGAGAUGAGCUCAGCAGCAGCCCACUUCCUCAGGGGUGGAAGUGCUACAUGUCGCCACAAGGCCGCAGGUACUAUGUCAACACAUUAACCAAUGAAACUACAUGGGAACGACCAUCCAGCACUCCUGGCACUCCAAAAAGCCCACUGUCACAGAAGAACUCUGUACCUGCAGUUAAUGGAUACCACACAACGGGAAGUCCCAUCCACCAGUUAGAUCAGCCACAUGUGUCAUUAAGGAAAGGCAGCAGUGACCAACAGAGCCCGGGGUCCAUUUCGCCCACAAGGAAACAGAACAAGGAAACCACAAUCACCAUAAAUUGUGUAACAUUUCCACUCCCUAUGACAAUGCCUGAACAGCAACUGCUUAAACCGAAUGAGUGGAGCUAUUGCGAUUACUUCUGGGCUGAUAAAAAGGAUCCCCAGGGAAAUGCAUCUGUCUCUGGCUUUGAGGUUUUGCUUCAGAAACAACUAAAGGGCAAACAAAUGCAGAAAGAAAUGGCAGAAUUCAUCCGGGAAAGAAUAAAAAUUGAAGAGGAAUAUGCAAAGAAUCUUUCAAAGCUUUCUCAGAUUCCACUGGCUGCGCAAGAAGAGGGCACCCUGGGAGAAGCAUGGGCUCAGUUGAAGAAGAGCCUAGCAGAUGAGGCUGAGGUUCAUUUAAAGUUUUCAUCUAAGCUCCAAAGCGAAGUGGAGAAACCCCUACUUACUUUCCGAGAUAACUUUAAAAAGGACAUGAAGAAAUUUGAUCAUCAUAUUUCUGACCUUCGAAAACAACUUGCCAACCGAUAUGCCGCAGUAGAAAAGGCACGCAAAGCUCUGGCUGAGAGGCAGAAAGACCUAGAGAUGAAAACACAACAGCUGGAAAUAAAACUGAGCAACAAAACUGAAGAAGAUAUCAAGAAAGCCAGAAGGAAAUCCACACAAGCAGGUGAUGACCUCAUGAGGUGUGUAGACCUGUAUAACCAGGCCCAGUCCAAAUGGUUUGAAGAGAUGGUGACCACAAGCUUGGAGCUGGAGAGACUGGAGGUGGAACGCAUUGAGAUGAUACGGCAGCAUCUCUGUCAAUAUACAACGCUACGGCAUGAAACAGACAUGUUCAACCAAAGCACUGUGGAACCAGUAGACCAGCUGCUUCAGAAGGUUGACCCAGCAAAGGACAGAGAGCAGUGGGUGACAGAGCACAACACAGGCGAGAUCAGACCUAUUGACCUGGAGAUAUAGACAAGCCGCCAGAGAUCAUGGUUAUAUGAUGGUUUAAAUGACAGUUCAUUGAUAGCAGGUUGAAAGAUUUUAUAUGAAAGUUGUGCAUCGGAUAGGUAUAGUAAUGGAUACAUUUAUUUCCUCAAAUAUAAUUGAAAUACGGUAACCUUUUAUUUAGAAAAAAUACAGAAUCUUUUUGUUGAUCUGAACUGUUCUCUACAAAGGGGUUUUGACAGACUCACAUAUUCUAAAUAGUUAAAAUAAUCAUUGAAAACGCAACACAAAUUGAAAACUGAUUAUUACUGAGUCGAUAAAACAACACUUGCGGCUAUAAUGUAAGCAUAGUGAAAAUGACUAAAAUUAGGGUUAAAAUUAUUUUAUGUGAUGGUAUGAUUCUACAUGACAGAGGAGUUUUAUUUUAAAUUUCAGGAUCCAUUCUAAAGGUUACAGCCUUACCAGUCUGAUUUAUUUUGUAUUGAUGGUCAAAGAGCAUUUUUUCUAUAGUGCCUUUUUUAAAGAAAGAAGAACAAACAAAAGUCAUUUAUAAGUUAACAUUACUCAGCUGCUGUUCAUUUACUUUUCUUGCAGAUUAAUAUCUGUGUGUUCACCAGUGCUGGUGAAGAAACCUUUCGCUUUGCAUGCUGAGCAUGUAUAAUAUCAACAUAACUUCACUGAAAUGCUUUUGGCUUGGCAGAUUCCAAUUAGCAUUCUUCAUUCCAAGACUUAUACAGGACUCCUGACUACACAAUUCACAAGUAUAGUAAUUCGAUUCACAGUCUGCUUUGGUGUAAACUCAAUACUUUACCUUACCUAGCAUUUUUGUGCACUAAAGAUGUUGAAGGACUUAAAUUAUUAAUACGUAGUGCUGCUCUGAAAAGAAUUGUACAAAGACGUAAGAAAAGCAACUUUAUACUGUACAUGUCCUAGUAAUAAUAUUCAGUAAAUGUAUAUAUCCUUUUUGUCAACCUGUUGUUCAUUAACCUAUUUUGAGAAUGACUCCAAUAGUAAAUUGUACUAAUAAUACCUUAACACAUAAGGACAACAGAAGUAAAUAAUAAUAUGGGCUUAAUUACUCUGAGAAUACUUUUAUUAUUGUCAACAUAAAGAUUGCUGAGGUGUAUUUGAAAAUAAAGCAGAAAAGAAUUUCCCAAUGGCUGUAAAACGUUGAACAUGUCCUAUCCUUUAUGGACUUUCAUUGUAAAAUGGCAAUUAUUUAAUGUCUAGCCUCAAGCUACAAAUAUUGCAUACUACACUAAAAACAAUACAUUGUGAGUCAUUAAUACAUUUAAUAAAAAAUACCUCUUAUAGUUACAGGUCAAGUUACAGGUUCUGAUUCUAAGAGGUCUGAUAUAUUUAAUUAAACAGUGGCUUAUGAGGCCUUAUUGUAUGCUUCAAUAUUCCUGGAAUGAGUCUAUUAGAGAAGGUUAAUUAUAUUUUGUUAAUUAUCUUAAGAAUAUAAUAUGGUAAUGACAAAUGUUUCUCAUGACAUUCACAGAUUCUUCCCUUAGAUCUUUCAGUACUACAAUAAUUUUGAAACCAAUUUAUUUUCAUCAGAUACCUAACCAGAGAUUACACAUACUGUAAAACUACAAUAGGUAAUUUUCCCAGCUGGGUACAGUAUGUUCUUGAUUAUAGGUCUGUAUAUUAGUGUGUUGGUGUUUAGUGUUUGAAAUGUAUGUGUACGAUAAACUAAGCAAAUAUUUGGUUCCUUAACAAUUUGUAUGAGUCUUGGUGCCUGGAAAAUAAAGAAGUUAAAUGGAAAACCUCAAACUGUAAAAGAGUCAUCAGCCACCACGACAAAAAAUGUAUAUAUUGGAAAAGAGAUUUUGUGAAUGUUCUUGUUGUUUUGCAAUACCUGCAGUUACCAUUCUGAAAUGUGUAACGUUGUGGAAAAUGUGAGGUUUUAGUGGUCUUGAAAAACUAAAAUAUUUUUAUAUUGCUGUUCUGAAAGAUUAACAAUACAUUUUAAAUGUUUUUAACUUGAAUAUUAAAAUAGAUAUAUAAACAAAAUGCAUAAGCAAGCCACUCAGAAUUCCAGUCUCUCUGUGACCUUUUUAAUAUCAGAUACAGACAUUAAGGUUAAUUAGCUUAAAAAAAAGGAAUCUUUUGUCUCAUAAAACAUGGUUAUAUGCCCAAUUUAUUAUUUUCCAAGCUUAGGUUUUGCUCAAUUCAUUUUACAAUACUGGAUUUUUUUUUUAAUGUUACAGUUGUAUAGUAUAUUUUCAUAUGUAUCAUUCAGAAACAGUCAUAGUUCUGAAUGCUAGGGUGGAUUUUGUAAUAUCUAAUAUCUGCAAUUUAACUAUAGGAUGAAUUCAGAAAGGCAUUAGGGAAUCUGCAGAUGGCUUUGCCAGCUUGUAUGAUCAUUGCUACGUGCUAUUUUAUUUACUUACAGCAGGUGUCAGUAAUGUAACAAGAAAGACAGGAGCCCAUUCUGGUGGAAAUCAUAAAAAUAAAAUUGCAUUUUCAUCUAGUACUAAUACUACCUAGUAGAAGGAAUAACUGGAAAAUAUUCAUAGUGCCUGUUCUGAGACAGAAAUGUAAGUUUGUAUUAUUUUUAUUUAUUGUUUUCUUACCCGAAGGUACCUUUUGAAUAGUUUUAUAGUUACUACAUUUUGACUUUAAUAUGAGAAAGCCCUUGAACUUUCAUUUAGUAAAAAUUUGUAUUUCUUGUACUUUUAGAGCUAAUAAUUUUAAGAGCCAAAGAAAACUGUUUUACACUGUUUUAACAAAAGGUAAUUUUUUAACACGUUGCAAGACUUUUAACCAUAUCCAAAACUUGUACAAUUAAUGGAUUUUGAUUUUAGCAGUUUUUGUAAUGGUAAUUAAUAAUAAUUAAGGCAUUGACCUUGAAAUGGAAACUGAACCUCCCUUUGGAAUAUGGGUUUUGAUUAUACAAGCUUUGGCUAAUGUAAACCUUAUUAUCAUUCAUGUUAGGCAACUUUGGCAUAUUUAUAUUUUUUUAUCAAACUAAAGCUCAUAAUGAAAUAUUAUUUAGGUUCUAAAGGAACAAGUAAUAAGU